CUAAAACCUAACCUUUUAAAAAAGUAAUAAGUGUUAACUUAACUGACUUUGAGUCAUAGACUUUACACGCAGUAAAAGUUCUACGCUUAAAGUCUGUUAUUUAGUACAAGCACAGAAUAGAUAUAAAAGUUUAGAUAAUAUAUUAUCUAAGAGUUGAAGUAAUUUCAUAAUCUAUGGUGAAUGGUGACUACAUGAUACAUACAUACCAUAUAGAUUACAGACUACUGACUUCGACUCGUUCAAUCAACGACUGUAACACUGCAUGAACUACUCACGAGACAUUAAUAUAUAAAAGGACAAAUAAAAAUGGCAACAUUGGACUUGGAUGAAGAAUUAUUAAAAGAUGAAGAGUUAGUUACGAAUAUUAAAAAUUUAGACCAUUCAAUUGUAAAUAUUGAAACAUUACUUGAAUCACGGAUGAGUACAGACUAUAACUCUCUGUCAGUGGAAGAAAAAAUUAAGCAUGAUCUACUAAUUGCAUUUACAUUAAAUAGUUUGUAUUGGGUUUACCUGCGAUUAGGUGGUAAUGAUCUGACUACUCACAAUAUAAAACGAGAAUUAAAUCGUGUAAAAUCAACUAUGGAUAUGGCUAAAAGUGCUCUAGGCAAAAAAAAUAUGCUAAGAGUUGAUAAAAAAGCUGCUGAAAGGUUUAUCGACCAUGCUCUUUGGACACCAGAUAAUAAGAAACGUAGGUCUCAAAAUAUGGAAACAUCUAAUAAGAAAAUAAAAUUUGAUGAAAAUGGUGACCCAUCAAAUUAAAAUAAUCUUAGAUAAUUUUAUUUUGUGAUAUUUUUUAU